AUGGCUCACUCGGGCAAAUCACCGCGCCUCCUGAGGUUUCUGGUCCCUGCCGUCCUCGUCUUCUUCGUCACCGCCACCCUCUACUUCAGCGUGGGCUCCCACGCGACCGCCGCCCUCCUCUCCCACUCCGACCUUGCUCAUCCGCCGCUCGUCCCGCGCAAAAUAUGGCAGAUCCUCCUGCCCAUGCCCGCCUCUGUCGAGGCCAAGGGCAUCUCUCUCUCUGACGCAGAGACAUGGCUCAACAAGAACCCCGGCUACACCUACACGCUCCUCGGCGCAGAGGGUGCGGACUCGUUCAUCAAGCUUCACUACUCGGACCGUCCCGAGGUCCUCGACACCUUCAACGCACUCGAAAACCCCGCCAUGCGAUCCGACUUCCUCCGCUAUCUAGUGCUUCUCAAGGAAGGAGGUGUGUAUAGCGAUAUCGACACGGAGGCUGUCCGGCCUGUUGAGCACUGGAUUCCCGAGAAGUAUCGUUCCCGAGCCAAGAUUCUCGCCGGCAUCGAGUGGGACCAACAGGGCGGCCCGCCCUCUUCAUAUUUCACCUAUCCUCUGCAACUGGGACAGUGGACUAUAGCUUCCAGCCCAGGCCAUCCAAUAUUGGAACGAAUGGUGGACAACUGCGUUCGCCUCAGUCAAAAGAAGGCUGGCGAGAACACCUCGCCGGGGAGCGCCCUCCAUUUCACCGACAGCGAAAUCGUCAACACGACUGGGCCGGCUGCCUGGACCAGGACCGUCUGGGAAGCCAUUCAAGAUGUAGCGCCUAACAUGAAGAGCAUCGAAGCGCUCUCCGGCUUACAACACCCCACCCUCUUCGGCGACAUACUCGUGUUGCCAAUCAAUUCAUUUGGAUCAGGACAGCCACACUCAGGCAGCUGGAAAUACUUUCCACACCCAGACACUCUUAUCAAACACAAAUUCAAGGGCUCGUGGCGGACGAUGCCUUGGUGGGAAUCCUCAUCGUAG